AUGGAGAAUGAAUAUCAAGCAUUAGCUAACACAGUACAAAAGACAUUAGAUAAUUUGCAAAAUAAGAAAGAUUUUUUGAUUGAACAACAACAUCAUUAUACAACCAUUAGAGAGCGAUUGUUGAAAGUUAAAGAAAACAAUAAUGACAGUACUGAUAGCUCUUACGACGAUGAAGAGAAAGGUGAUAUCUUUGGAGAUAUUAUCAUCUCUAAAAAAAAGAUAUUCUUAAGUAUAGGAUAUGAAUAUUAUGUGGAAAAGACUGUGGGUGAAACCAUUGAAUUUGUUGAAGAUAAAUUACAAUUGAUGGUAGAGGCAAUUGAACAAUUCGAUUUGAAGAUUAAAGAAGCAAAACAGACUCUAAAUAAUUUAAAGAUGGUAAUUGAUCAUAACCCAAAAAUAAAAAUAAAAGAACAAGAACAAGAAAAUAAAAUUGAUGAGAUUGAAUUACCUACUAUGGAAAUUAGAGAAGAACUAGAUGAAGAUGGAAAUGUAUUGAAUGGAUCUGUUGUGCCUGCCGCUACGGAUUCUGAAAGACAAAAUAUUGAAGAUUUAAUUAAUAAUAAAUUAGUACCCAAAGUUGAAGAAUUGAAAAUAGAUCAAAAGAAAUUAGAAGAUGAGAUUACUCAGGAUAAUGGCAUUCCUUCGCAUGAUGGUAUUAAUGAAGUAGAUACUCCUGAUAUCUACAGUUUUGCAGAUUUAGUGGAAAGGAUGGACGAGCAAGACGAAGAAAAUGAUGGGAUUAUUGACUCUGAUGAAAUUAAUUAUGAUUAUGAAAAGUUUAAAUCGAUGGAUAAUGAAAGUGAUAAUGUCUACUCGGAUGAUGAAUAUAUUGAUGAUGAUGAUAAUGAUGAAGAGGAAGAGAAAUAUUUUAAGAUGCCAGGACAUCUAUCGUUAAUGGAUCAAAUAAACAAAUUACGUAAUUCGAGAGGACAAUCAUAUCCAGUGGAAGAGGUAAAAGAAAUUGUUAAUGAUAAUGAUGAUAUCGUGAAGGAAUCACAACCAGCUACUGAUAAUAGUGGUAAGACACACGAGAAAUCAAUUAUGAAGAAGAAGAAAAAUAAAGUUAAGAAGUCUGUUGGUUUUGCUCCUUCGUUGGAUGUCCAUGAAGUUGAAAGCUUCAAAGCCGAAACUAAGAGGCAAACUUUCAAUUUUCCAAGAAACUCCAAUGAUUUAUACUCUAGUGUCCAGGAUAUGAUGACUGAUGAUACGAACAAUCCAAACCUACAUGAGUUUGAUAACGAUUUGUUUGCAUCGAUGAUUGGAGCUAAACAAUCGGAUGAAAUACAUGAUAAAUAUAAAGAUGCAAUAACCUCUAACAAUGAUGAUGAGGAGCAAAACUCGCAAGAAUUACAGGAAAACGUCAAGAAAGUUCGUGUCUCAAGAUUUAAGAAAGAUAGAGGUACUGUAAACAAACCCCCAACUGAUAUAAUUGAAAAAGUUAAUAAAUCGGAAAGUAAUAGGGCUGUUUCGGAUGUUAUUGUCGAAAGAGAGAUCAUAGAAACUAUCCCCGAACCAAAACCAAAGAAAAGAGUUAGCAGGUUUGCCCAACGUAAGGAAACUCAAGCAAAACAACCAGUGGAGUCAACGGCAUCCGCUAUUGAGCCCCGAGAUAUCAUAACAGAUGUGAUAGAGCAAACCGAACCAUCUCAAUCGACUUCUAAUACUAAAGGAGCUUCCAAAAAAAAUGGAUCACUUUUCAAGAAAACUCUAAGUUCAUUGAAUAAACCGAGGCAUUCCUUAAACAAGAAACAAGAAUUCCCACAGGAGUUAAUCGAUUCUCUGUCUGAUUCGGAACAAGAACCUGAAGAUGAGCCUGUUAAUAGAAAGAGAGAAAUCGUACAGAAAAAGAUAGAAGAGAUUAAAGAUGAUGAAGAGGAAGAUAAUGAUCUAAUGUUUCCUAAGGAAGUUCAGGAAGCCAUAAAAAAGGUCGGUAAGACAGAAGCUUCAUUACGUGUUGCGAAUGUAGAUUAUGGUGCACUUGUAGAUAAUAUGGAUGAUAUGGUACAAGCUUAUACGUUAGGUGUAUAUGAUGACGAUUUAGAGGAACAUCCAGGGGUUGUGGUAGAGAAAGUUGAAGAUUUUAAUACUUACAACAAACAAGUCGAUAACUUAAAAGAUGAUAUUAUUGAUUUCAAGAAAAACAACCCGAUGGUUCCAAUAAAUGUGGAUGAUAAGGAUGAAGAAGAUGAUGAUGAAGAUAAUGGAGUCAUAAUGACAGAUAUAGUAGAGAAGGACAUCCCAGUGAAUUACCGUGACAUUGCUGAGGGAUACGAAAACAACCUUGGUUUGCAUCCCGAUAAUAUAGGUGACGCUGUUACUAAAGAAUAUCACACAUUAAGACAAGGUAUGUUGCAACAGAUGAGGAACAUGGCUUUAAAAGAUAAAAAUAAUAGCGAGCAAGAGUCCAAUCAUAUACAUGCAGAAGGUGAGGAACAGGCUGAAAAUUUAGCAGUGGAGCCAAUAGAUGAGGAUGGUAACCCUAUCCGAAUCAGUAGGUUCAAAUCUCAAAGGAUGAAUUUGAAUCCAUAA